ACUUCCCAGUCACUGUCCUCCUUUGUCUCUUCUUCAGAGGCUUAACUUCAUGGCACUCUGAGGGUAGUUUAUCUCCUGUAUUGGACUGCAUAGGGCUGCAACUUGCAGGUUUUCGAGGCAAUCAGCAGCAGCAGCAGCAGCCAUGGAGCCUGCCAGUGCUAGCUUGGUCUCCCUGAGGGCAUCCGCCGCCACGAACCACAGCUGCUUCUCGUGUCGGCAGCGAGCGACGCCAAAGACCAGGACGCUUCCGGCCAUGGCGUCAAAGCCUGGGGCGAAACUGGUAGCUGCAGGCUGCAAGACAUGCAAGGGGAAGGGUGCAGUGGAAUGUGAAGGCUGCAAGGGGACUGGCAGGAACAAGAAGAACGGCAACAUCUUCGAGAGAUGGAAGUGCUUCGAUUGCCAGGGUUUUGGGAUGAGGAAGUGCCCCACCUGUGGCAAGGGAGGCCUCACGCCUGAGCAGAGAGGGGAGAGAUAGAAGAAACUUCCAUCAAUCCUUGCAUCCAUGGCAAUGCCAAUGGCAAUGGCAGACAGAUACACUCUCCAAAUGCCAUAUUUGCCAUGGUUAACUUUGUCUGAAUUUGCUACUAUCAUCUAGCGGUAAUUAUUAUACACAAUCGCCAAACGGAGUGUCAAAAACCGAAUAUGGUACUCCCUCCGUCCCAUAAUAGUAGUGUCAAAAACGCUCUUAUAUUAUGGGACGAAGGGAGUGCUACUCAUAAUCAUUUUGAGAACCAGCAGUAUAGUGCCAGCCAAACAGAAUGUUGUGAGGAAAUCAGUUGGUUUCUGCGCGUA